CGGAAGCGGCUUUCUGCCGAGACUCAACUGGGGCCGAGGGGCUGGAGAUUAGGCCGAGCUGAUCCCAGCCGGGUUUCCACAUCUCUUCCCAGUUCACGGCGGCUUCACUCCUCACGGUUUUUGUUUUUGUUUUUGUUUUUGUUUUUUUCUCUGCAACGUGAGUGGCGUUGCCUCGCAGUGAUUUCCGUGGGCGUAGCUAAAGAAGGACCUGGGAGGAGAGGAAGCCGCUGCAAACUGGCCAAGCUCCAGAAGGCGUGGAAGUUCCUCCGCGUUUCCCAUUUUAACUCGGCGUGAGCAGCGCGCUCUUCCCGGGCAUCGGUGGUCCCGGCACGUUGUGGGUGGUAUUCAUUGCCCAGACGCUCCGUGUAAUUCGGAGAGAGAAAAACCACCGUUUCCCAGCAUUUCUCGUGGAGGAGAACUAAGCUAUAGGAAAAUGUCUAUUUUCCCUAAAAUAUCUUUGAGACUUGAGGUUGAAAACUAUCUGAAAGCGGGCUUUAUGAAUGAGGAGGUUGUAUCUGCUUUAGGUAAAGAAGCAGCAGAGAGGAGGUUUGAAACUCUGUUACAUAAGUUGUCCUGCCCUCCAUCAUUCACUACCGUCAGAGUAAAUACGCACCUGGCCUCGGUACAGCACGUGAAAAGCCUGUUGUUUGGUGAGCUUCAGAAGCAGUUUAACGGAUUAAGUUUUCCUAUUCUUCAACAUCCAGACCUUCGGGAUGUCUUACUUAUUCCUGUUAUUGGACCUAGGAAUCAUAUAAAACAACAGCCCUGCGAAGUUAUUGUUGGAGCCCAGUGUGGCAACGCAGUCUUACGAGGAGCCCACGUCUAUGUUCCAGGAAUCGUGUCAGCCUCAAAAUUUAUGAAAGGUGGAGAUGUUGUUUCCGUGUACUCUGAUAUUAAAGGCAAAUGUAAGAAAGGAGCCAAAGAAUUUGAUGGAACAAAAAUAUUUCUUGGAAAUGGGAUUUCUGAACUAAGCCGCAAAGAGAUCUUCAGCAGCCUCCCUGAACUGAAAGGCAUAGGUGUAAGAAUGACAGACCCAGUGUAUCUGAGCCCCUCAUUUGACAGCGUACUGCCCAGCUACUUAUUUUUACAAAAUUUGCCGUCUGCUGUAGUGAGUCAUGUUCUGGAUCCUCAGCCUGGAGAGAAGAUUCUAGAUUUGUGUGCGGCCCCCGGAGGCAAGACGACACACAUUGCAGCGCUGAUGCACGACCAGGGAGAAGUGAUAGCACUGGAUAAAAUAUCCAACAAAGUAGAAAAAAUAAAGCAGAAUGCGUUAUUGUUAGGGCUAAAUUCCAUCAGGGCGUUUUGCUUCGAUGGAACAAAGGCCCUUAAACUUGAUAUGGUUGAGGACACAGAUGGAGAACCUCCGUUCUUACCAGAAUCUUUUGACCGAAUUCUUCUGGAUGCUCCCUGCAGUGGAAUGGGACAGAGACCAAACAUGGCUUGUACUUGGACUUUGAAGGAAGUGACAUCAUAUCAGCCAUUACAGCGCAAACUCUUCACUGUGGCAGCUGAGCUGCUGAAGCCGGGAGGCGUGCUAGUGUAUAGCACGUGCACUGUCACCCUAGCAGAAAAUGAAGAGCUGGUCGCCUGGGCCCUCGAGACAUUUCCUCGCCUUCAGCUUCAGCGCCAGGACCCGCAGGUUGGAGGAGAAGGGAUGCUGGGAGCUGGCCUGUCAUCUGAACAACUGAAACGGCUGCAGCGAUUCGAUCCCUGUGUGGUGCCGUCACAGGACAGUGACACUGGUUCUCUCAGAGACGCCAGGAUAGAAGACAUGAUUUGGCUCGCAAAUAAGGAUUGUAUAGGCUUUUUCAUCGCAAAAUUUGUGAAAUGCAAAAGCACGUAGGAGAAGGAUCCUUAGAAAUGAAAGUUCUAAACGUUUUCCAUGUUUUUGUUUUUAAACCAAAAACUGUUGUCAGGCCACGUGAUUGAUGCCGUGGUUGCUGAGGAAACAGAAAAGGCUGCCGGCUGUUCCACCAGGGAUCAAGAGACUGCACUUCACAGAGGAAGUAGCGGGAGG